AGGUAUUCGAACUCCCAUGGAUUGUUCAGAAAUUUACAAAAGUGGGCAAAGGAAGACUGGAGUUUACCAGAUUUACCCAUUUGGUGAAACCAACAAAGCUGUUAAUGUGAUGUGUGAUAUGGAUUCACUAGGAGGAGGGUGGACGGUUAUACAGAACAGACAUCGAGAAAAACCAAAAGUAAAUUUCAACACUACUUGGAAUAAAUAUAAAAGUGGUUUUGGAGAUAUACAAGGGAAUUAUUGGCUUGGAAAUGAGGCCAUUCAUAAAUUGACCACUAAAUUCCAAACGGAUUUGUACAUACGAAUCACUAAUACCAGAAACCAGUCAUUUGAAUUAAGAUAUACUUCGUUCUCCAUCUCCGAUGAAGCUGACGGUUAUAGGCUUUCUUUGGGUAACAAAUCAGGACGCAUAAGUGACGCUAUAAAGGAUUACAAUGUCCUGGGCCAGCCGUUUUCUACAUUUGACAUGGACAACAAUCACAGAUGUGGCGCUCUCUGCGGGGCCGGGUGGUGGUUUAAUUACUGUACGUGGUCCAAUCUUAAUGCGCCUUUUUUUGAAGAUCAUUCAGAUCCAGUCUGGCACCCAGUGAUAUCUCAUGGACGAUUUCUUUAUCAUUCACAGAUGUUGAUUAGAAGAUACUAAAACAAAGAGAUCAGUUCACUUGAUGCAUAAAACUGUCCUGUAGAUAUACCAAUUUAUUGACUUUAUGUUCAGCUUAAAACUUAAAAAUGAAGUAUAGACGUAUAACUUUCAUUUCAUAUUAAAUUAUUUCUCCUUAGACUCCAAGUCUUGGAACACGGGUUUUAUGGAAUUUCAAUGUUCUUGCAAUUUUAGUUUCAAUAGGUAUAUUUUAGUCCGUUCGGACACAAAAAAUAAUAUGAG